AUGGCACCACAAAAUAUAGUUGAAUUUGUUAUUUUAAAAUUAACAUUUUACCGAUUUCUCAAUCCAGAAUCUCCUAGAAUUUCAUUGACACGCAAGAAGCAUUCACCAAGUGGCUCCAUGACUCAAGUUGGAGAUUGGUUUGAUCGCAUAAUGUCUAAAGAGAAAUCGAGUAUACCCUCCACCGUAAGUGUACGUUAUUGUGAGUGGAAUAUAGCUUCGGGCAAUGCAAAUUUAUUUACGAUAAAUGACUAUCGUUUUGAUAAAAUCCUUUUAAUAUUGGGAGAAGAAUGCGUGCAUUGGAUGUACUAUAAAGAUAUGUGCCCGAAUAGACGUAUCGAAGGAUUUGGUCCUUUAUCAGUAAAUUAUUGCGGCUGCUGUUUAAACACUCAGUACAUGCAAAUUAUGGAAUCCGUUAAGGGCUGUGUGAUGAAAAAGGACGUUUGUAACUAA